GCUACGAAAGCCAUGACCGACUACGCGGAUUCUACCCGCAGGCGGCAGCCGCUCAGCGAUGCAUCCAGCAGGGCCAACUACAACAGAGGAGAUCAUCCGGAUGCCUCGCGUGCUCAGAUGGCAGAUGGGUACCACUCCAAGGGACGUGAAAGUACGCCUGGUCCAGGAGUGUCAACACCCCGAUCCAACAAGGAAGCACGGCAUCAAUCUAAUGCUCCAGACUUUCCCUCCGAAUCUGGUCGGAACUCGGUCAUCUCAGCUGCCUCGAUCAUGUCAGGCAAAGGCAAGCGCAAAACACAUGUUGGACCCUGGCAACUGGGACGGACACUCGGUAAAGGAGCAACGGGACGAGUGAGACUCGCAAAGCAUGCCACAACCGGACAGACUGCCGCAAUCAAAAUUGUCUCGAAGAAAUCGGCAGCGAUGGUACAAAGCGAGAGCAUCGCAGCCAUGGACCGCAACGUGAACAACUUCCCGGCAACCGCAAACGCGCGACAGAUCCCAAGCGGGAUUGAGCGCGAAGUCGUCAUCAUGAAGUUGAUCGAACACCCAAAUGUGAUCAGUCUGUAUGAUGUAUGGGAGAAUCGAGGAGAGCUGUACCUUGUCUUGGAACACGUAGAAGGGGGAGAGCUUUUCGACUAUGUCUCCAACAACGGACCCUUACCAGAAGAAGAAGCUGUGCGGCUCUUCCGUCAAAUCAUCGCUGGACUGGGGUACUGCCACCGGUUCAACAUCUGCCAUCGAGACCUCAAGCCGGAGAACAUCCUGCUUGACGCCAACCACAAUGUCAAACUUGCCGAUUUUGGUAUGGCUGCACUGCAACCGGCCGGACACUGGCUGAAUACCUCUUGCGGCAGCCCUCAUUAUGCAGCCCCGGAGAUUAUCUAUGGACGAAAGUAUCGAGGCGACAGAGCUGACUUGUGGAGCUGUGGUAUCAUUUUGUAUGCCUUGCUGACAGGAUAUUUGCCCUUUGACGGCGGUGAUCUCGCCAAUACCCUGCGCCUGGUGAAGAAGGGCGACUACAUGAUCCCACCCGAACUCAGCGACGAGGCAGCAGAUUUGAUCCAGAGAAUUCUGCAGAAGAGACCUGAAGAUCGCAUCACAAUGCAGGAUAUCUGGCGCCAUCCGCUCCUCACCAAGUACGAGCAGCUACACAACGCAAUGGCGAACCAUUACAUUGGACCACCUCCACCUCUCUCUGUCAACGAUUGUGGAAGUCCGGUGACUUGUCGUCAGGAUAUCGACCUGGACAUUCUCCGCAACCUGCAGACUCUGUGGCACGGCGUCAAGCCUGAUGAUCUGGUUCAGAGACUAAUGUCACCCGAACCAACUCACGAAAGAAUGUUCUACAAUGCUUUGGUUAAAUUCCGAGACGAGCAGCUUGAGAAUUACCAGGGCCAGCCAUUGGAGUAUUCCGCGAGCGACUACCACCAUAUCUCUCGUUCAGGGGAGCACGUUCGACGCGGACGAAGCAUGUCAAAGAGACAGUCUCAAAUGAUCGCUGCCAAGGAUCUUAAUCGUCGAUUGAGUGCGACCAUGACACCUCAAUCGAGCGCGAGCAUCGAAAGUUACGACCCGUAUCGCUCUCCUAAAGUCAGCAAGACUACAGAAGACGUGCACUGUGCCCAAAUCACCAUUCACCGACCCUCCGUUCCUUCGGAGCUGAGGGAAAGUAGUCAACUUGUGAAGCCUCCACCUUCGAUCGUCGAGGAGAAAGAGCCAGAGGAAAUGCACGAGAUGACCAACUCGCCUUUCACCGUUCUUCAGAAGCGCAAGCACAAACCUAGUUCAAUGCGGUCACUUCAGUCAUCCAGAGUCCCUCACUCCAGCUCGCGACAUCCAGGAUUCUCCACCCGAUCCACAAGCUAUCGACGAAAUGUCUCUUUCCAGCAUGUACGAAACAAAUCUCAGGGGUCGAUAAAACCCAAGCGCCGUCGUACCAGCCAGACACGCCAGUCAGACAUCAAGCGAUCUCCCAGUGUGGCCAGCCUGCAGUUGCUGGCUGAGGUGGGUGACAUGCCGAGCAGCCCGCCACUUCCCGCUCAGCCAACUGUUGUUCGACCUAGUGGCCUCAAUCUGAAGACCCAAGUACUUGCAAAGAAAGGUCAACAGCCGGACAUCUUCUGGACUGAAGAUGCUCGAAAAGUGUCCAAUGAGCUCAGCAAGAUCUGCGAAGAAGCUUUCAAUGGCAGCUCGCUCACUACCAUCAGAGUCUCGAGCUCCGUAACUGGCUAUGAAACCCCAGCAACUCCAAUGUCGAUGUCCAGCCCGGUACAGCCCUCAUCGACUGCUGCCAAAAAUGCCUCGCAGCAGUGGCAGAAAGCCAACGUCGACCCUGGCCAAUCCUUCAGCAUCCAAGAGCUGACUGAAACACGUCGAAAGCUUAUUGAACAUAGCAAAGACGGCGGUGACAACAUUCCAGCAUAUUUGUCUGGAGUGAUCGGACAUCUGGAUCGCUUGAUUGAAGCCGACCAAGGUCCACGUCACAGUGGCCGUACCCUUGAGGAAAGUACAUCCACUCUAGUUGACGGCUACAGCGGUGGAACAGAGGAGACAUCUUUGCCAGUCAUCAAUGAAGAGUUUGCAAGCCCCGUUCGUGCUCCUACCGAGUACUACAGUCCCAUGCCCAGGUUGCAGAAGAAGCCGAAGUCCGAAGCCCUCGGCCAUGCUAACAAUUGCAAGAACACCAUCCGCAUGGUGCCCCAGAGCUCUAUGCCUUCGCUCGAAGAAGUGAAACCUCUGAUGAUACGAAAGAAAGUCCAAAUCAAUGAUUCGGAGUCGAUCAUCAGUGAUUCUGCAGAAUCUGGCCGGAACUUCUCCCAAACAUCUCGAACUGGUCGAAACGUGGGCGGGUUGGAUACGAUUCAAGAGGACCCUAUCUCACCAAAACGAAGACCGACUGACGGAAAAAAAUGGUCCUGGUUCAAGCAUCGCCCUCAGAAUCUCGUCAGCCCAAAGAUUCCCUCGCACGCUUCGUCCACCGAGGACUACCGAGAGCCCUCACGCAAGUCAUCCAAUGAGCGUUUUGGCUUUUUCAAGAAGCUCAUGCAUAAGAAAUCAAAUAAAGCCUUGGCCCAGCCUGAUACGGAGAGCGCGAAGCUCAAACCCAAGGAUGCUCGCAACUCAACCAUGCUCUGCCACAAUCUCCCCGAUCAGGAGAGCUCGCUUGAGUCGGUCAAUGCUCCUCACAACAAGCGUCACUCCGUGGCCAAUCAGAACUGGUUUGCUCGUGUGUUCCAGAUCAAGCCCGCAUCCCGAGUGAUCGCUCUCAAUACAUCCAAAGUUAAAGGACGAAAGGAGCUCUACAGAAUGCUUCGGGAAUGGGAGGACUACGGUAUGGAAAACGUUUCUCUGGAUAAGAACAAUAGUGUUGUUCGUGGUCGAGUCGGCGCGGUGAACUUCCUUCGUCUUCGUGAAGUUGAAUUCGUUGCCGAAUUCUUCACCAUCCGUGAGAACGAUCAGCCCGCCAAUCUGAGCCUGGUUAGAUUCAAGCAAGAGCGCGGCGCAGCCUCUUCCUUCAACAAGGUUGUUGAUACUGUAGAAAUGAUGAUGAAAAGCCGAGGCUUGGUAGUUGAAGAUCCAGUCAAGGCGAGGAAGAUGGUUCUUGUCCUGGAUGGACUUCCCGACUCGUCUUAG